UCUGCAACUCUCUGUUUACUUCAGAGUAUAGUAUCUGAUUGUUGAUUGAUAUCCCAAUAAUAUUUUUCGAUAAACCCAUAAAAAUUAGAAAAUAUUGUUUCAAAUGUAACUUUAUUGUUACCGUUUAAAUUAACUCUAUUUAUAAUAUAGAAUUAAGUGGAAACAAAUCACACUGUCAAAAUGCCUAGUAAACGAAAAAAAUACAACGCUCGAUUUCCAGCAGGUCGAAUAAAGAAAAUUAUGCAAACUGAUGAAGAAGUAGGAAAAGUCGCUCAAGCAGUACCAGUUAUAAUUUCUAGGACACUAGAAUUAUUUGUACAUUCGUUACUAACGAAAACUAUGCAAGUCACAAAUUCUAAAAAUGCUAAAACUUUGAGUCCAUCUCAUAUGAAACAGUGUAUUUUGUCCGAAAGUCGUUUUGAUUUUCUGAAGGAUCUAGUAAAAGGCCUUCCUGACGUAUCGGGUGCAGAUGAAGAUGUUCCAACUCCGCCACUAACACCUGCUCCAGUUAGUUCGAUGCCCGGAAAUAUGGGCUGUCCACCUUUAUUGAUAAAAUCCGAGCCCGAUUUUCAAUUGGAGAAAAAUUACAACUCAUCAUCAUGUCGAGUGUCCAAGGAUUUCAAGGGACUGGGACAUUCAAAUUCAAGUCAAUUAACAAAUAUGUCGAGUGUCCCAGAAUUCCAAAUGUCAACACCAGCAUCAUUUGGCGUUCCCCAACCAAAUUUUUAUACAGAACUAAAGCCAAUGAAUUUGGUUGGAAGUCCAUCGAAACUAAGCGGUACUAAUCAGGCAAUACCAAAUUUCAGUCACACUGCCAAUAUUGAUGAAGAUUACGAUACGUAGUAAGAUUUUUUUUUCUAAAAAUCUCUAUAGUUUAAAUAUUAAGAAAAAAAAAGGAAAACUGUGUCCAUAUUGCUCUAUUUAAGUCUGACAUUUUAGUCAGUAUUCUCAUAAGUCAGUGAUCGAAUAAUGUUUAUAUUUUACGUCAACGAUGAUGACUUCUUUAAUUUAAAAACAAGAACAUACAAUUAUGAUCACAAUUUAUUGAUUUUGUUCCAACGUUCAAAUUGAAAAAUCAUUUUUGUAGAAUUUUUUUCUUAGAUAUUUACAUAAAAAUCUAUAAUUUAUUCCUUAGCUUAGAUUUGUAUCAUGACUGAUGCAUAUUUGUGGCAUAUAUAAUUAUCAGUUUUUUUUUACAAUUUUUUUUUUUUGUUUAUUUUUCAACUUUUUAAGUUUGUAAUUAAAAUAGUUCACAAAUGUUAGCUUUAAUUCUUUGUAUAUUUACGUUAAUUCAUUUUUCUUUGAAAGGCACUUUUUUUCUUCGAAUGUUCAGAUAACUCGACAUUUAUGUAAAUACAUUAUUCGAAAAAGUGCACAUAAAAGAAUGAAGCAAAAAAAAAAUCAAUUAAAUAUGAAAACUAGUUCGUAAUUUAUAAAACAAUUUAAAUAUUUGGAUAAUAUUUAAGUUUAACAUUGUAUCAUGAAAUAAAAGACUAAUCAAAUGAUGAA